GAGCGGCGGCUACUAUGUCAUCAAGCUUCGCGUCAACACCUCCAUUGUCGGUCCCUACAAGCUUCGCGACAGCUAUGCCCACAAGCUUCGCGACAGGUAUGCCUACAAGCUUCGUGCCGAAUAUGUCUCCGAGUUUCGCGACGGAUACACCAUUAAGCUUCGCGCCGACGACUUCAAUGCCUUUCGCGUCGGCUACCUCUUCCAAUGGGACGCCACCGGAGCGGCGAUGUCACUGGAUCCGUGCAGUGGCAACAACCAGACGACCCCUCCUCAGGUUCAAAGUGCUUUCGAGGUUUUGGGCCUGAAGAAGCCGGAGGAGAUGCGAAACAAUCCCGACCAGGCCGAGAGAUUCAUUGCGGCUUUGUCAGGCGAGAAGAGAAGCAUCCCGACGUGGUCUGGACAACCGGGAAGUCUACGCACAUGGCUGAAGCUUUUGGCGCACUGGGAGAGCGAAACAACAACUCCCAAACACAAGUGGGGGAUUCGUCUCUACCAAUCCUUUGCUGAGUCAUCGGAACCCCACAAAAUAGCCGACCAAGUGGACCUGGCCAACGUCCUCAGCGAAAAGGGGUACAGUAUGAUUCUCACGGCUAUUGUUCAGAAAUACAAACCCUUCCUUGAUGUUGCGGCUCCUGCUGCCAUAGAUCACUUUCUGUUCGCAGGAGAACGGCAGCGCGGCCAGGCGUUUGCAACUUUCAUUGCGCAGAAGGAAGUGGCUCGCCAAGAAAUGGAGCAGUACUUGCAAGAGAAGUUGAAUGAUCAGGUGGCCGGACGGGUCUUGCUCAGACAGGCAGGGCUUACUGAAUUUCAACGGGAACUUCUGGCCCUGAAGGAUCUGAGCCCCCUUCUCACAUUUCAACAAGUUGCAAGCUUACUUCGUCCUCUCGACCGGCCGGACAUGAUAGCUCAGGCGGCAAAUGCAGCUCUUGGAAGCCAGGCCGCCAAACAUUAUCCUGUCAUCCGAGAAGAAGAAGAAGGAGGCGAGGAGGACGGCGAGGACUACGACGGGGAGAACGGUGACUACGGGGAGGAAGACGAGGAGUUCGAUGACGAAUUUCAUGAAGCACAAGAUGAGGAAUCGCUUUGGUUCGAGGAUAAGGAGUAUGACGAAGAGGAGGCAUGCUACAUCCAGGCGUACCACUCGGCAUACCAAGACGUGCGCAAGGACUUACAAGCACGCCGCAAGGAACGAGGUUUCAUUCAAAGACGGAAAGAUCCUCGAGGACAAGGUCAGCGCGGCUCGCACAAGUCGCAAGGCCGUGGGCGCUCCAGUGCAGGACGCGGAGCGUUCGCUUCGCGAAAAGGCGAAUCCCGCAUGGUACGAGGGGGAAUGGAGGAUCUUCGAGCUAGAACUCGUUGUUUCAAUUGCCAAGAGCUCGGUCACUUUGCUCGAGAUUGUCCCCUGGUGCAGAACAACGGCAAGGGCAAAGGGGCUUCCUCCUCGGCAUCCCAGAAAACCGGAAAAGCAACCGGCAGCUUCAUCGUGUGUCGUGGCGUUGGGGCGACCACGGCUACCUCCACGUUCGUCACAUCAAGGGCUUCUUUGCAAGUGUUUGCAGGAGUUUCGGUACACAGCGGAUGUGCUCUGGUGGACACCGCGGCCGAGGACGCCGUGGUUGGCACCAACGCCCUGGAGGCAAUGCGACGGGAGCUUCUUCGUCACGGCCUGCAACCUAAGAUGAUCGAGGAGCGGUGCACUCCUUGCGCUGGCAUCGGCGGAGCGGCGAAAUCCGUCGGCAUCAUAGACAUCCCCACGUCCGUCGCCGGCGUCCUUGGCUUGGUGCGAUUCACCAUCUUGGAGGACUCCAAGGAUUUCGAGACGCCGCCUCUGCUACCCAUAUCCUAUUUGGAAGCCAUCAAAGCGAUCAUAGAUCUCGACAAGGGCGAAGUUCGUCUUCCCAAUGGACAAGCGACACCCAUGACCCGCCUCCCAUCGGGUCAUCGUUCGGUCAACAUCAUGAACUUCGGCCACACCCCGUGCGAACUCCCGGCUGAGCUGUGUGACUCGGAGGGUCGCGAUCCCUUUCGCGUGCCCGUCAUCGCCACAACUAUUUCGGGAGGCGGUGACCGCGAGGCUGCUGAUGCUAAGAGUGGCGAUGCAGCUCAGUGUGUGGAUCAGCGCAAUCACCUCCGCAAGGCAGUCAACGACAUGGCUCGGGAUAAGGCUGCCCGGGAGCAGUUCAGCUACACGGACAUGGAGCAGGUGUUGGCCAAGAUUCCGGAGUACCGGCGCCCCAAGGCCAGAGCGGUGAUGCAGCCGACUGGGCCCAAACCGGGCCGCAUGCUGUUAGGACUCUAUGCUCAUGGAAAGUUCAAGGGCAUCUCCAACGACACGAAGGAGUACACGGAGCUUUGCAAGUAUGUGAAUAGCUGGAUCAAGUCCAAAGCCGAUGCGUCAUUUACAUGA